CCUCUCCUUCUCUCUCUAUAUUUAUCUCUCUUUCUCUCUCAUCAUCACCUUUCAAUGUGUUAACCCACCUUUCUUUAUUCCCUCUCUUGCUAUUUCUAUAUAUUCCCUCUUACCCUCCCCACUCUCUCCAUACAUACUGAUUCUCUUUCUACAUCUCUCCCCGUCUUCUUCUAAAAGCUUCAAGGAGUUAAAUUGAUCCAUUUCGAGUGAGCUUUUCUUUCUGGGUGUCUUCGAUUUUACUUCAAGAGGGUCUCAAUUUUUCUGGGUAUCUCUUAAUUUGUGAGAUGAAGCAGUUGAUACGAAGAUUGUCCCGGGUCGCCGAUUCCUCGCAGUACAGCCUGCUCCGAUCCGAAUCACAGACCCGGCGUGGAUCCGGGUCUUCGAAAACUGCGGCGGCGGCGGCGAGGAGAGCUGACAAGAUAGUUAGGUGGAGGGCCUCGUCGGCGAGAAGAAUCGGGCGUACGAAGUCUGUCCCGCAGGGUCACGUGCCAGUGUACGUCGGAGACGAGAUGGAGCGGUUCGUGGUGAGUGCGGAGCUCCUUAACCACCCGGUUUUUGUCGGGUUAUUGAACAAAUCGGCUCAGGAAUACGGGUAUGAACAAGAAGGGGUGUUAAGGAUCCCCUGUCAUGUGCUCGCGUUCGAGCGAGUCAUGGAAUCGCUCCGACUCGGUUUGGAGUCACGUGACCUCCAGGAUCUGCUAAGCUCUUGCUUCUCUGAUGACUUAUGAUACCUUCUAUGGUGUUCUUGGUAGAACCGUAAAUUAGGUGGGCUGUCGGGGUCUUUUUGUAAAUACGACCUUUAGCGACAGAUGGCAAAACAGAACAGAGAAGAAGAGAUAUAAAUGUUUUUAUUUUGUUUUUUUUAUUUAUUUUGUUAAUUUUGUUGUUGCUGAUGUUGGUUGGUGUAAAGGACUUUUUUUU